CGAUGCCCUACGAGACGCUUUGUCGGUUAUGCCUCCCGGCGCAGUGAGGUAUGUCCGUCCCGGCUGCACUUCCGAGUGUCGUGUGAGGUUGCGCAAAGUUGAUCGCUCGUGCGACGGUACAUAAAUCUGGAAUAUUAGUCGUCUUUCGGGCGCCGGUUGAUCGCGGAUCAGAGCGUUUUCACUGUGAGCCGUUUUUUUUGUAAUCGCGGAAACACGGGUGGAGCGCACUCCUCUCUGUGCGAUUAUCCGCUUCCUCAGUAGAUUCAGUGCGUCUUCCCUCAGCGAAAGUCACGGUAACGCGAAGGACCUAGUUCUGCCGCAUGGGUCAGAUCUUCACCACGAUUCACCAUCGAGGAAUAGCUCGCAUCAAUCUGCGUGGAUGUUGACUGCUCCCAGCUGCUCCCUCGUCGUCGCCAGCGAGGGUGUUUGCGGGUGGAUCAGCGUCCUGGGCUGGCUCCUCGUGCCGCGCUAUAUCCACGCGUUUUCCUCGCCGUACUUCGACCUCUCCGCCUGCUCGAAACAGACAACGGGGAACCGGGACAUCUGGCUGUCCGCUGUCGGGCUCAUGAUCAGGAUCGUCUUCCUCAACUGCGCCGGGGUUAGUAUCACGCGCCGCCUGAGUGCGACGAAGCCACGCGUUGUUCCUCCGCUCCUUCAAUGGGAGAAGUCUUGAGGCGGUUCAUGUCGCCUCACUAGUUUCUGAAACUCUUGCGGCAUAUGUGGAUGGUUCUCAAGACUUUGAUAUGCACGCGCCAUGCUAAGUACUCUGAGAUAACACCGUCUGAAUUUUAUUCCUUGUUUUGAAACUGCCAUAUGGGGAAGGUGUGCCGAAU